UCUGGUCUACAUGGAAUGAAAACUAUCCCUGGACCCUGCUGGUAGGGGACUCUGCUGAUAGGGGACUUUUCUUGUUUUGUUUUUUUCUAAUCCAACAUGGCUUCCGAUGAGAGCUGCACGCGAGCUACAGUGCGAUCGUAUCUUCCCCGAGGCUUUUUAAUCCAGCCUGGAGCUUCAGGACCGUCUUGAGAGGCUUUGCAGAAUACCUCCACAUUAAUGCAUCUACCCUGGGACGUUCUUUUGCUCUUAGAAAACAGCUUUUCGAGUUGAAAACUGCCACUGGUUUCAUUAGCCUCACUCUUAGCCUUCCCAUAAUGCAUUUCGGUUGAAACUGGGGCCAAUCAGAGCUUGUGUUGUUCUCUUCUUGGCCAAUCAGAGACGGCGUUUCUGAAGUAUGGCUGAGCCCGGUGUUGAAAGUUGCAGUAGCAAAACGCUAUAAAACAACAUUAAAGUAAAGGGGAAGUUUCUGUACCUGAGAGUACGGGCAUUGUCUGUGUCAUGUCAUCACGGGAGUCUGGAAAAGGAGCAGAUAAACAUGAACACAUGUGACAUCAAACUAGAAACCAACGGGGGAGCGGAGGGAGAGCUCCCUGUGGAGAGGGGAGAACAUGAUGUGGAGUCCGGAGCAGAGAGUUUCCUCACAGAUGAUGAGCUUGCAUACCAACAAGGAAUGGAUCCAGUUGAGGAUGUUGAUACUGAAGAUGAAGACUUGCCUUGCAGCUCAGCUGAAACUGCCAGAAACCACACAUCUACCCAGUGUGACCGAAGAUCAAGACCCAGAUCACCUCAAUCCCAGGAUAGAUCCCGAUCCCCGAUCCAGUUAAGGUCUGGGCCAGGAGACACAGCCUCAUCCUGGAAAUCAGAAAGAGAUCUUGACAUUGUUCCAAAAUCCAUAAGGUUCACCCCAGCAAGACCCCCUGGACAUCAGCUCAACACUAACAGCACAUACACUCCACUGGACCUUUUCAAACUGUUUUUGAGCAACGAAGCAGCUUCCACCAUUUCUAAUCACACAAAUAAACAAGCUGCUAAAAAUGUUGCCUGUGGCAAAAAAUAUUCUUGGACUGACCUCAACAGACAGGAGUUUUUUAAGUUUGUGGGGCUGACUUUUUAUUUUGCCUUGGUGAAGCUUGAAAACAUUCAGGGGUACUGGAAGAGAAACACCAUUUUUAGUGUGCCGUUUCCAGCCAACGUCAUGGUUCGGGACAGGUUUCGGAUGAUAUUGUGGAACAUCCACAUGAGCGAUCCAGAGGAGGAUGUCGAGAAUGAUAAAAAGAAAGGGACCCCAGGAUAUGACCACCUGUUUCGACUGAGGCCCUUUCUUGACAACCUCAAACAUGCUUUCAGAACAUAUUAUCAUCCAAAACAGAACCUCACAGUCCAGGAGAAGGUGGUGACAAAGGCACAUUAUGGAUUUACACAUUUCAUGAAGCCAAAACCCAAAGCCAAGAGAGAUUUCAAACUGUUCGUUUUGUCCGACUGCAGCAAUGGCUACACAUUGGACAUUUCCGUGUACACCGGAAAGGGGGAGUUUGCCUCAGGUGUUGGACUUGCUUACGACUCUGUUAUGUCCCUGAUAAAGCCAGCCCAUCUGGGACAGGGCUACCAUCUGUAUGUGGAUCAGUUCUACACCAGUACAAAACUCUUCAAGGACCUGCAUAGCAUGAACAUAGGGGCGUGUGGCAUGUACAGAGACAAAAGGAAACACUUCCCCCGCACAAAAUCUAACGCUCUGAGGAAAAGUUCCCCCAGAGGCUCCAUCAGGUGGAUCCGUGAAGACCCACUGUUGUUUGUGAAGUGGAAGGACACAAGUGAGGUCUCUGUGUGCUCCACAAUCCACCAGGCGCGCGCUGGUAACUUGGUGAGGAGGAGAGAAAGAAUCAAAAGUUCAGAAAUUCUCACCAAAUACAUCACAUGCCCGUCACCGGUCUUGGAGUACAACAAACAGACAGUUGGUGUUGAAUCGUUCGACCAUCUGAUUCAGUACUUCUCUACGCAUCAUGAAAGCAUACGCUGGUACCGCACGUUGUUCUUCCAGCUCCUGGACAUUGCUGUCACAAACAGCUUCAUCCUUCACAAGGAGCUCUGCAAGGAGAAGCAGGAGGAGCCCAUGAAUCACAGAGCCUUCCUGGAGGAGCUGACGGCUCAGCUGUGUGGUGUAACAGUCGCGGCCCCUGCAGCAAAAGCGCAGUGCAGCCACAUGCCUGUGGCGAUCUCGCAGCAAAGUGAUUCAAGCAAGAAGGCUUCUUACGGACGUAAAACCUGCAUUCGCUGUAGGCAGACCAGGAAGCUCAACCUGUCCACACCAUGGAAGUGUAAAGAGUGCGACGUGGCGCUCUGUCUCAUCCAAGAUAGGAACUGCUUUGAUGCAUGGCACAGCUAGCUAUGUGUCAGGGAAAACCAGAUUGAGAUAGAUGGAUAGAAUGUUAAGAAUGAUGUGUUGGGGAAAUUUUUAUUUUUGUACUCUGAUUGUCGAGAGGGACCAGCUUUCAAAAACCAAAUAUCUUGCUAACUUUUGUUAUCUGUCACGUUGCAAUAAAGUUCUCUAAAAUGCA